AUGGGAAGGAACUUUCAAGAAGUUCAGAAUCUUGGCCGUAAUGAUGUAAAUGAAGGUGUGGGUGAGGUUUUGCAUCGUGACAUGGGUGACAGAGCCUUUGUAAAAGAUAGCAGGCAGUCGACUUCCUCUGCUAUGGCAACAUUCUUUUCUGCGCUGAAACUUCGGUGUUUCUACCUUACCCCUUUUGGCCUCUGGGUCCACACUAAGACAAUGUUGUAUGAUCUCGAGGGCUAUUUCGGAUUUCGCCUUCAACUGGAGCACGUUCAGGCGGUUGCAGUAAGGCCCAGUCACACAUUGUUGGACAUAUGGCAUUCACCCCGCCACUCAGAGGUCUUCCCCUUGCUUAUUGAAAAGUUUUCGCUCGAAGAGCAGGCCUCUUUGGUCUGGCAGUUCUUGUGCAGCAUUCCGGUGAAUAUGAUGGCAGGGUUCCUUCCAUGGCUUUCGACCUCCAUUUCACCUGAUGAAUGUCGGGAUCUGCACAAGUGCUUAAGUAAGAUUGUCCCAGCGGAAAAGCUUCUUCAAGAGGUUGUUUUUACCUGGAUGGAAGGGAAAAGCAGUCCUAACACAGUUGAAAGCUAUGUAGAUAAACUUCACCUACGAUGUGUAGAUUCUAGUUCAAGCACAGUAACUCAUCAAAUGGAGAAAGUAAAUUGUGCAUGUGAGUUCACCAGGACUGGGAAAAGGAAAUAUCUAGAGUCAGGUAAUGAUGUUCUAGAGACCUCAGGAUCACAUCCGAUAAAUGAAAUAUUGCUCUGGCAUAAUGCCAUUAAAAGAGAGUUGAAUGAGAUAGCAGAGAAGGCCAGGAAGAUACAAGUGUCUGGAGAUUUCACUAAUCUCUCAGCUUUUAAUGCGAGGUUGCAAUUUAUUGCUGAAGUUUGCAUCUUUCACAGUAUUGCUGACGACAAGGUCAUCCUUCCUGCGGUAGAUGGGGAAUUUUCUUUUUCCCAGGAACACGCGGAAGAAGAAAGCCAGUUCAAUGAGUUUAGGUAUCUAAUCGAAAGCAUACAAAGUGCAGGAGAAACCUCCACUUCAGCUGCUGAGUUUUAUGCAAAGUUAUGCUCGCAUGCAGAUCAUAUAUUGGAAACUAUACAGCGGCACUUCCACAAUGAGGAAGUUCAGGUUCUUCCUCUUGCUCGAAAGCACUUUAGCUUCAAAAUACAGCGGGAACUUUUGUAUCAAAGCUUGUGCAUGAUGCCCUUGAAAUUGAUUGAGCGUGUCUUGCCAUGGCUGGUAGGAUCAUUGACCGAAGAUGAAGCCAGGGAAUUCCUUGAAAACAUGCAGUUGGCAGCUCCAGCAACAGAUGCAGCUCUAGUAACGCUCUUUUCUGGUUGGGCUUGCAAGGCUCGUAAUCAGGGUUUAUGUCUGUCCCCAAAUGCAACUGGUUGCUGUCCUGCUAAAAGUCUUGCUCAUCUUAAACUUUAAUCCUACCUCAUCCAGCUGGAUCGCACUGUACAUUUCCUUCAUCUUUUGAGACUCUCCUUUCGGUCGCCUUUCGCUAGGAGGCAUGCAAAAGUUUCUAACCAAGUCAGUGAAGUGCAAUAUUUUUGUCGACCGAGAAUAUUGGGAAAUUUGAACGUUGUAAUAUUCGAACUGGCGAAAGGUAAGCCCAAUGAAGGAGUUGUUUUUUGAGAGAGAUGGAAAUGCAAUGUCAUAUAUUUUCUCAAUAAUAAAGAAAGGAAGCUGAUUUUCAAGUAAUAUGAAGUCCAUCUGCAUCCUAUUGCACAACCACGGCUCUAAUAUUUCCCGGUCAUCGUCGGUCCAGUCUAGCGUCUUGUUU